AUGCUCGGCUACCAAAAGAACAAUUUGAAACAAAUGUUACAUCAAUGUCCAGCCUGGAAAGGGGAGAGAAGCCACUUGUUGGCCUGCCUCUGUGACUGUGAAGAUAUCGACCUUGCUUUUGACAAUUGCAUAAAUUGUCACAGAGUUCAAAGUAGCACAAUGAAAAACAUAACUGCCACAAUUGCUGAUCGAUGCCGUAUCCCAUGGUGUGGUGGUAAUGGAGCCAUUCAAGUGCGCCUUGAUGUAAUUGUCCCCAUCAUUGUGGUACCUUCCUGCAUCCUCCUAGGUACAAUUGGCCCUAUCAUGACUGUAGGGGCUCUAAUUGCAAUGCCCUUCCUAAUGUUCAUAUUUUACCGGAUGUGGCGCCGACAACACACCAAAGUACGGACCAAAUUCUUUUCCACCUGGGCCAACACAUCUAUCAUUUUUAGCUAUUUUGUAUUUCAAACAUUUGUUGUGGCUUUUCGCAAAAUCUUGCUCUGGGAAUUCCUUUUAUUCUUCACUGCACUUCUUGCCUUGUUGUAUGGACUCUACCUAACAAAAAAAAAUCCUGGAUUUCUCAAGUUUGGGCAUUCAGACCAGGAGAAAACUGCUGAAGAUUCCAAGACUUGGCAACAGAAUUCCAAGUGGGUGGAAUCAUUGAAGAACAAUGAUAAUAAAUGGAAGGAUGUUUAUUUAAAUGGUCAAUCUACAAUUCAACUCAAUGCAAAUGGAGAAAAUAAUUCUAUUUUCUCUCAGUCAGAAUCUCCAAAUGUUGUAAAUGAAAACACAGCACCCAUGAUCCCAGUAGAAGAAGUAACUUGGGUGGAUUCACGACCAAUUGAAGGUCAUCAUUUGAUCACUUGGUGCGGAUUUUGCAACCUACAAAGACCACCUCGGACAGGACAUUGUUAUGUUUGUAAUUCCUGCAUUGCAGUCAGAGAUCAUCAUUGUGUUUGGUCAUCAUUUGAUCACUUAGUGCGGAUUUUUGCAACCUACAAAAGACCACCUCGGACAGGACAUUGUUAUGUUUGUAAUUCCUGCAUUGCAGUCAGAGAUCAUCAUUGUGUUUGGAUUGAUAAUUGCAUUGGUGCAAAUAACCAUCGGUCUUUUCUGGUUUCAAUGAUUUUGUUCAUCUUUUGUGGCAUUUAUGGCUCCCAUCUUACUCUCACUACUGUGUGUACCCCAGAAAUCUACUACAAUUGGAUACUCUGGCCAAAUGACUGCAGAUUUCUCUACACUGAUUUUCAGACAUCAAUCAGUUUUGUCACAGCCUGUUAUGUGAUUGUAAGCACUUCAAUCAUGCUCUUAGCAUUAGUUCAGCAAAUUUUAUUUAUCAGCCAGAAUAUCACCUCUCAGGAACUACAUCGGGCUACCAUGAAUGGUAUGACAUGCCUUGGACUCUAUGCCUACAACAAUGUUCACAACAAAGGCCUUAGGAAGAACUGGGCAGAAUUUAUCUUCAAGACUUCUCGAAGUAUUUCUCUCAAGAUUCCUGUCUAA